UAUACCAGCAGACACGGUCUUUGCUGCUGGGAGCUCUAAAGGGGAGACCAUUUUCACUUGCGGGGGUUCGGCACAAGGCAGACGGAAGGGCCGCGGGGUCCUUGGGGUGCGGACCCCAGGCAGGGAGCACCGAGACUUUGGGGACAGCCUGGAUGCAGAGAAGACUACAAAACACGUGGAAUGAAGUGACGACGUGUUUCCGGGCCGGCAUGCCGCUGAGGAAGCACCGGCAGCACUUUAAAAAGCACGGCAACUGCUUCACCGCCUGCGAAGCGGUCGACUGGCUCUACGAGCUGCUGCGGAGCAACAGCAACUUCGGGCCCGAAGUGACGAGGCAGCAGACGGUGCAGCUGCUGCGGAAGUUCCUCAAGAACCACGUGAUCGAAGACAUCAAGGGCCGGUGGGGGUCCGAGAGCCUGGACGACAACGGCCAGCUCUUCAGAUUUCCUACAACUUCUCCACUGAAAACUGUGCCGCGCCGCCAUCCCGAGCUGAGAAAAAGCAGCUUAGAGAACAUCCCGAAAGAGAAAGAAAGUGGCCUGAAGUUCCGGCCCUUGGCUCGCCGAACUCCGAAGAAGCACGAGCUCGCCCAGGAAAAUGCCGAAAAUAUUAGAAGUGAAAUUUCAGAUGACAAUAAAGAAAACCCAGUCGAGAAAAGGGAAAUCAGCCAGGAAGAUAUUGAAGAAAUUUGGAGACACAUUAUUUUAAUGCACUUGCAAACCAUCUUGGGUAUAUCCUCCUUAGAAGAAAUCUUGGACACAACACAAAUAAUACCUCAGUACAUAAUAUACAACAUGACCAAUACAAGCAAACACGGAGUUGUCGUUUUACAAAACAAAGCAGAUGACCUCCCGCACUGGGUGCUGUCCGCCAUGAAGUGUCUGGCGAACUGGCCAAGAAGUAAUGACCUGAGUCAGUCCACCUACGUGGGAUUUGAGCGCGACGUGUUCCGGACCGUUGCCGACUACUUCCUGGAUCUCCCGGAACCGCUACUUACUUUUGAAUACUACGAGUUGUUUGUUAACAUCUUGGUUGUCUGUGGCUACAUCACAGUUCCAAAUAGAACCCGUGGAGAGCCCCAACCCCGAGAUGAUCCACAGACCUCCAAAGCCCUGCACGUAAACAGUCUGAACUCUUUCAAAUCAACCGAGUGCCUCCUCCUUAGCCUCCUUCACAAAGAGAAAAGGAAAGAAGCAUCGCAGCCCCCCAAGGCUCUCCCGAGAGGGGGGCAGAGAGGUCCAGGAGGGGGCCCCGGGGAGCUGCCCCUCGGUGACCCGCGCAGCAGAAGGUCCCGGGCGAGCAUCCUCCUCGGGGGAAGUUGUCAGAACUUAACGGGUUUGAGGAAUGAGCCCGCGCUGGCUUUCUCCAGGCUUAGGCCGCGAUGCCACUCUCUGGAAGGCCUGGUAGAUGCCUCGCAGACUGGGGGCGGCCGUGACGAAGAAGAGCUCUGGGAUCCUGAGCCUCGAGAGGACUCGAACACGGCUCCCGGCCCCGAGGAGGGGAGCCCCAAGUCACUCUCUGUUGGUUUUAAGAGAACGUGCCCGGUGGCCGUGGGAGCCCACGAGGAGUCGUGCCCCGGGAAGCUGCCGCCCAAGCAGCUGUGCCGGUCCCAGAGUCUGCUCUUCAGCCGUCCCCGGAGGAGAAGCAGCCGCGUCCACGCGCCUGUGGCCGAGGUGACCGUGACGCCAAACUGCUCGGGCCACCUCCGACAGAGCACCGGCAACGUGGCCACGGCCAGUGAGCCCCAGAAUGGCGGCUCCUCAGUCAGCAAGAGGCUCUGCCGGAGCUCGCUGGAGCUUUCAGGAAAGGCUUCUCCUCCGCUCUCUUCUGGGCUGCCUGGCACGCAGAGUCUGCUGCAGCCUCAUCUGGAGCGCGUGGCCAUCGACGCCCUGCAGAUCUGCUGCCUGCUGCUGCCCCCGGCCAACCGGAGGAAGCUGCAGCUCCUCCUGCGCAUGACCUCCCGCAUGAGUCAGAACGUGGACCUGCCCAGACUGCACGACGCCGUGGGGACGCGCUCGCUGAUGAUCCAGACCUUCUCCCGCUGCGUGCUGCGCUGCGCCCAAGAGGCCGACCUGGACGAGCUGCUCGCCGCCAGGCUGGUCUCCUUCCUCAUGGACCACCAGCAGGAGGUUCUGCAGGUCCCAGCCCACCUGGAGGCCGCCGUGGAGAAACACCUGGACUGCCUCCGGAAGGGCCACGUCCCGCAUCCCGCAGGCGAGCCGCUGGCCGCACUGCCCACCUACUCCUACUGCCGGCGGAUCAGCGCGCAGGAGUUCGAUGAGCAGAAAGUGUCCACGUCUCAGGCGGCCAUCGCGGAGCUUCUGGAGAAUAUCAUCAAAGACCGGAGCUUAGCUCUGAAGGACAAGAGGAAGAAGCUAAAGCAGUUCCAGAAGGAGUACCCCGCCAUCUACCAGAGCAGGUUCCCCACCACCGAGAGCGAGGCCGCCCUGCUGGGCGACAAGCCCACCCUCAAGCAGCCCAUGCUGCUGCUGCGGAAGCCAAAGUUCCGGAGCCUCCGCUACUGACCGCGCAUGGCAGCACCCACCUCUCCACCCUUCCCCGAUCAGCGGCCACGUGCACAGAGCGGGAGACCCUGCAGAGCCGGCCAGGCCAAGGGACGACGAGGGGAGCCAUCGGAGCCUCCCGCAGAGCGCGUGCCCAAAGCCAUCCCCCUUGGGGCGACUGCGAGGCUGGCCUUGGCCCCUCGGACCCACGUCUUCAGCUCCAUUUUGCACUCCUGUAUUUCUUUUCCAUGUUUUUUAUACGUUUGUGUGUCUGUCUGUUUAAAGCUAGAAAUGCGGCAUCCCAUUUCACUUGUUUCCUGGCACAUCAGCCUCGCUUCCCUCCAGCGACCACGUUCCCCAGCACAGGAGGGCAAAGGCCCAGCUCCUCCGGCCUCUCCCAGGCAGCAGCCCAGGCCCAGGCCAGUGCCCACAAGAUGGUGCCCUUGCCCACCUCCCUGCACAUCCACAGGGAGCCCCCAAGGUCAGAGGGGAGCAUCUGGGGCUCUCCUGAAUCGAGGAACCACUCCGCUUCUCAGUGCAAUCCUGCCGUGCCUUCAUUGCUCAGGGCCCCCCAGAGCCCAUCUAGACCCGCCGAGGGCUGAACCCAAAGGCCCAGAGAGGACGGCCAAGGGUGCUGGGGAUGUUUACAAUUUUGUGACCAUGAGUGUGCUAGAAAUUGGGAUGAAAGUUUUUCUGGGAUUUGUGUAAUGGUUUGAUUCUGUUCACUUAUAUUUAAUCUCCUUAAUAAGGAGUAAGUAGACACAGUAAGAGAUUUCCAAUUAUGAAAUUAAAAGUAUCACGUGACUGGCAAAAUAAAAUGAUUCCAACCGCUCUUGGCAGAGCUGUCACCAAGA